AUUUACACAACAAAUUCAAACGCAAUAGUUUCUUGAAAUGUACCCAAAAUAACUCAAAAAUGAGUUCAAUAUUAAAAUUUAUUCGUGACAAUCACAUAUUGGCCAUAAUAGAAUCAGCAGUAGUGAAAAAAAAGUCAAGACUGAGCCUCAAUGCGUUCGAUAUCACAGAAAUUCCCAGCCUUUUGUAUACCUGUUACGAAGUCGAGCAUCUUUACCUACAUAGAAACAAAAUAACAACAAUAUCAGUGGAAUUAACACAGUUACUAAAUUUGACGACGCUGACCCUUGAUUAUAACAACAUAAGUUCUUUGCCACCGGAGAUAGGGAGCUUGAAAAACCUCGUGAAUUUAAAUUUGAGUUACAAUCCUUUACAAGUGUUGAUACCCGAGAUUGGUGAACUAGAGAACCUUGAGGCGUUCUGGUGCAACAGGAUAGGGCUCCGGGAGAUUCCGAAGGAGAUCGGGAACCUCAGUAAGUUGGAUACCUUCGGGGCGCGAGGUAAUCAACUCAAAACUAUACCAGAGGAGAUGACCAAACUGUCAAAGCUUAGAUGGCUGACGCUAGAGCACAAUGAGAUUGAGACCCUACCGAACACCCUCGGAGGCCUAGAAGCCCUAGUUCACUGUAAUUUGAGGCACAACAACCUGAGGGAGUUCCCGAUGUCAGUACUGCAGUGUGUUGAUCUCAUGUUUCUACAGCUUAAUAAUAACCAGAUAUCCAGCUUUCCUGAGGACUUCGACAUUAAUUCCCUCCAAGUGUUAGAAAUGAUAGACAUGCGGGACAACCCCAUAUGUGAGCUUGACCAUCCAAAACACAUGCUCAUCCGUUACGCGGACGUGUCAGCGCCGAGCUCUCUAAGCGAAAUAGCAUCGGCAUCAGGGUCGGGGCGGCACGCGGCCGCGCUGGCCGUCAACGCGACCGCGCUGCGGCUGCCCGCCGUGCCCGGGCCGCGGCGGCUCGAGAACCACGCCUUCGUGGCGGAAAUGGACCUGGACGCCUCCUCGGUAGACUCUUCUGAGGACUGGGAGAACAGCGUGAACAGCUCCGAGCUGGACGUGCAGUACCAGAGCGACGAGGAGCGAGCAGACAAUGAGAUCGCUCAAUUCUUCCAGGCCGUCGGCAUGGUGUUGCCAGAGCUGUCCCGGUACGCGUCCACUGCCAGUUAAGCUGGCAACACUGGGAGGAACAUUAUGGUAAG